AAGCAUGGCCUUGUUCUCCACGAGGCCCACAGAGUUCAACAUCUCAAUUCGGCUGUUCUUAAGGAUGGCAACGGGUCCUCACGGGGCGGGGACCCCCUCCCCAUCCCCAUCGCCAUCAAUGGCUGGUACGGGGAUCCCCGCGGGGAAUUUUGGUGGAGGGUCAAAAAUUGCCUCCGUCCCCAUCCCCGCGGGGACCUAUUAUUCCCCGCGGGGACCUAUUAUUCCCCGCGGGUCCGUGGAGAUGAGGGCAGAGUUUGAGCAAGAGUGUGGCAGAGGAUUAGAGGAGAGGAAACUCAGAGACUGGCUGAAGAGACCAACCGGCAUGGGGACUAAAGGAGAGGAGACUCAGAGACUGACUAGAGAGGAGCGACCGACUGGAGAGGAGCGACCGACGUCGACCGAGAGAGGAAUGAGGAAUCCCAAUUUCCAAAUUCGCAAUUUGAAAUUGCAAGAAGCGGCAAGCAAAAGAGAGACUGAGUGAAAUGUCUUCCUGCUAGGGUUAUAUGUAAAUCGGGCCUAUAAAUUGGGUUGUAAAUU